AUGCGUGAGGAAUUUCUGGAAAACGAUGGGAAUAAUAAUCAGACUGCAGAUUUCCAACAUACAUACUUUUCUACCAAGCUAGCUUCUCGCACAUUGUGGUGGAACCCAGGCGAAGUUGUGCAGCAGUGCGAGUGGACAGACAAGAAUAGGCGGCGUGCCGUGUGGCUCUACUUCUCCAGCCUUGUGUCUGCUGUGAAAAAAUUGUUUCUUGGCGAUGUUGCUGAUGGGAAUGGCCAGGGGGAGUCAGCAGCAGAUGCCGAAAGCAUCCCUACAAUUCCAUUCGUCCUGUCACUGAAUAUCUUGGAUGAUACUAACAUCAAAUUGGGAGAUGGUUUGCGUGGCUCCUCGGAUGUCCGCAGCGUAAUGUGCAAUAUUCAGCACCACAUCCUUUUCAAGGAUGUUUCAGAUGGCUUAUCAAACGACUCCGUACCGACAUGGUUUCUACUGCACCAGCCUCUAGUCGCAUUGCCACGUGCCAACGCAGAAUCCAUUUACGGAGAGUUUCGGGCCUGGCUUCUCAGUUUUUGUGGGUCUGCGGGCCAACGAUUGCAGAAGUGGGGCAUCGUUCGGGACCUUUUCAGAUUCGUGAAGAGUCAUGUGCUGAUAUUUAUUUCGGAUGCCCUCAAGGCGAACGACUCACUUGUUCGUGUUCUUGCCCAUGAAAGCAUUGAAAACAGCAAGCAAAUAUGCGACGACCAACCUGCCUCGACCAUGCUGAUCCACGUGCACUGUCUGGUGCACCAGGCUGCUUUAACAAGGCGAACACUGGCCCUAGGGGUGCCAGGCUUUUGGAGCAACUUGGUGCGACUGGGGCAUUUAUUCGAGUCGCACAACUUUCGUCAGCGGUUCCACGCAGCGAUGGCAAAAGUGAUUUGUGACAAUGACAAUUUUCAGUUCGUGGAAGUGUCGGAGCUUCCUGCGGAAGCUAGGGUGUGGAAGCAGAUGACAAUAAAUCAUUUGCGGCUGCAUUCGGAUCAUGGUCACACUGGGCGAGUCAAGGCCGGGAAGGUUUCGAGGCAUCUCAAGUCCAUCCACCGCCAUAUGCUCAAGGAUAACGGCAACCCUCGCAGUGAGACCAUAACUCACUACUGCAUCGGCCCCUCUUGCUGCGCCAACAAAGACCAAGCAAAGAUGAGUUUGCUGGCGUCUUUUGGAGAGAUGUUUGCAUAUAUGACCGUACCUUUGUUGUACAGAUGGAAGCACUGCACGGAGGCCUGCAACUUCGUUCGUGAAGGUCAAUCCGACAAGAUACUGGAGGCAAUCGAGGCAUUGCGACAGGCGGCAGAGACUGAGGCUGACACGACAGAGUUGAGCCGCACGGUUGAGGAGCUUUUGGAUCGGGACACAUCCUUCGCAGAGGCAAAUGCAAAGCGACAAAGAUUGGUGACAGAAGCUUUCCAAAAGGAGGAUUUGGAGACCACGGUUUGCAUUGUAGACUUUCUAUUGCAGCCUUUAGACGCCAUCACGAACAAAAUGCUCAGGAGAACCACUAUUCUAAAGAAGUUGCGAUACCGGGACAUUCAGCCUGGCGAAAAUCUGCGGGAUCUGAAGGAAGCGUCCAAGACUAUUUUUUUGGCUUGGACAUCUGGAGAUCUGGGUAUCCAGACGCUCCGGGCAUUUCUUCGCAACAUGCGAGAUGAAGAUCUGACGACGUACUGCCGCAACUUUUCUGGUGCUGCGCACCCAGACUGUGACAUGACCAAGACAUGUUUUCAGCUCACGGUGUUUGGGCUGACCGACACAUGGAGGCGCUUCUGCCUGCCAGUCACAUGCUUUCCGUGGAGCUUGUUCCAGCUGCUGACGAAGAAGGAGGCGGAGUUCUGCGUGCUGUGGGACGAGAGUUUCAAAAUUCUUCGGAAGUGCCCUCAAUGUGUAGACGGGGCAUUCUCCAGCCUGCUCUUGUCUGCCAACUUCGAAAAUCUGCAAAGCCUCGACCCGGUUGACAGGGCGGCCUUUAUUGACGAAGUCAAGAACAAGUUGCUUGCCAUUGCAGCGUUUUGCCCGCUUGCUUCAGACACAGUGGAGAACUUGCACGGGCAGAACCAGUUCAACCUGCAUUCAUGGCGGGGCAAAGCCAAAGCCACACCAGCUGCAGCAGAGACCUCGGUCCUGAAAACAUUGGCUUCGGAACAUGCUUACGGUAAGUCUCUGGUACAUGAUCUUGUCAUGCCAUCAAAGACAAGAGUUGCCCAGAUGAUGCGGAGGAUUGGCGCCGGCCACAAACGUGCUGGUUGGCGCAGCUUGAACCACAAGCAAAGACUUCGUAAAGCAGCGUCUGCAAAACCCAGAAAGCUGAGCGCCUGGAAUGUGUUUUUCCGGAAGAAUCUGAAACAGUGCCAGAAGAAGUUGCCUAAGGAUGAGUUCAGGCGUCGCUCUCGGCAGUGGGGCAGGCAGUGGAGACAAAUGUCUUCCCAAGAGCAGCAGAGUUUCAAAAUCGAUUCACAAUAUGAACAGUCUUGCCGUGAGGAACUGGCAACGCGUGGGUUGCGUGCUGGAGAUAGAUUCGACCUUGCAUCGGAUGGCGCGGCGCGGGAAGGUGGUAUUCAUCUGCCGCCAGACGCCUUGUCAGCGGAGCAGCUGGAACUCGUCGCAGGCCAUCGCUUCCGCAAGCGUGUGUCAGCAAAACGACUGAUGCAAAGCAACGACGACCAGGCAGAGCACAGCUUUUGGAAUUUCUACGGGUUGGGGCUGCAAGACAAGGAUGGAGCAAUAGCUCGGGGCCGCAUUGAGUUCGAGACACCCCAGGCGACUAUUGACAAUGCUGUGAAUGCUUCCUUGCAUGCGAGUUUGGAGCAAGAAGAUCCAGUGGCCACAGGGUCCGAUGUCACUGCUCCGAGGUGCAAAAGUCUUUAUGGUUACUGUGCUACGUGUGAAGCUUUCCAUCCCAAUGCAAUGAAACUGGCACGUGCAUUUGCAAAACUCUGCACGGAUCGAUGCCUUUCUGCGGGAAGCUUGGUGAAGCUGCGACCAGUGUUUCCCAGCAUUGUUUCCGAAGGUUCGCCUGAAAGUUCGGAGAGCCUGGAGAGUUAUUUCUUUCUGGGGGUUCAUUGCCGCAGGCCAUUGCAGCAGGUUCUUGUGAAAGCCUGGCCCAGCGGACAAGGCCAGGAACCAGGGAAUUUUGACAAGUUCUCUUUGACCCAGCUUCGCGCGGGAGCCUCUGAAGAUGCUUUGCAGGCUUUGCCUUCGUUUUCGACGUCGUAUGAAGUGUUUCGAUUGCUUGCAGCGCAGUCCAAUGGCAAGUUGGAGACAGUGGCAGUCGAUGUUCUUGAAUAUAUCCUGGAGGCUGGGUUGUGGAGCAUCGAGCGACUGGAAGUGACUGUCACAGGCAGCUCCGGCAGCAUGAGCUUGCAGACUUCGGUGACACCAGCGGCCAAGCAGAAAGUUGAGCUGCCAUUUGGCUUGCAGCAUACCAAGAGGAAGAGGAAAGCAAGGAGGCCUCCAGUUUCGCGUAGAGCCAGGGCUGAGGCCAGGGGUCGCGGUCGACGGCACGGUGGCAGAGGCAGACGUCAGGUAGCUUCCUCUUCGAGUUCUAGUUCUUCAUCAUCAUCUGAACCAGCUGACAAAUCAGAUCGCUCUCGGGAUGAUUCUGCUCUUUGUUCUGACUCCGACGAAGACAGAAGGCCGCCCAUUGACAAGGAAGCAGAAGCAAUUGCCAUGCCGAAUGCUGCAGCUGUAGACGAAGCUGCUGUUUUGAGGGAAGCUGAGUCUGAACUCCAUGUGGAUCAUUUGAAACGGCAGCAGCUCGCUGAAGCUCAUGCUCGUGGAGGAUCGUACUUCGUGCGAGAAAUUGGCUUUGAUGAGGGUUCGGUAGCACCUACGUCCAGGAGUGUUUGUUACCACUGCGGUCAAAAGAUUGCGAAAGGUUCCAGCCGAUUUUCAUAUUUCUGGAACGAAAGAAGGCCAUCCCGGUACAUGCAUGCAACAUGUGUGGCGCAUUUUCUUGAUGCAGAUCCCGAUGCCGCCGAUGCUAGAAAAUUUCAAGCUGUGGAAGCAAUGAGCCGCAUUGCACAAAGUGCCAAUGUGGACCAGCAGGUCAUUUGUGCUGCGCAGCAUCUCAGGUCUGUCCUGAGGUCCGAAGCUGCCUCGUCAGCUGUUCGCUAG